AUGAAUUACUCACAACCGAAUCCUUCGCAUGCGUCAUCCGUUCCCAGUCAGUCAUUACCUCCACAGGAAUGGUAUACCCAGACAGCUCUCAGUAACAAUUAUGAGGCACCAUUGCAGGAGCCCGUUCCAUUCGAGGAAUUCCAAUUCACGUUUGGCUUGGGGCCUGACUUUGCCAUGCCCGUACCUCUCGAUAUGCCGCCCAUGAGUGACACACCUUUACUUGACGAUUCACAGUUCCAAAACUUUGCAGCUGCUGCAGAAGCAGCAGUACCAACGAUACCUUCUUCUUCCUCCUCCAAUAUGCAUCAACAACAACAGUUACAAAUACCAUCCCACCAUCACCAACAACAACCACUACUACCACCUCACCAUCACCACCAUCCGCAACAACCAAAACAGCCAUCAUCGACCGUUUUAAACGAAGACGAUCAAAGAGCAUUUUCGCAGUUCCUGGAUACCUUUUUCAUGGACCAGGACAUGCAGGUCGACCCACUGCCGAGUCACAUGUCUUCGUUGUAUGAUGAUCAAUAUCCUGCUCAAAACAUGGAAGAACCACAACACCAUCAUCACCCCGCUCAGCAGCAUCAGGACGAAGGCGAAGAUGAAGAACGGCGUCGGACAUCCAUCUUACGGUCUUUGGAUGAACAAAAGCGACACCGUCAACGGUUUCUGACCGUCAAUAACAAUACCAUGGACCAAAACAGUCAUCCUAAUCAUCAUCAUCAUCAUCAUCAUGCUGUGGAAUCCAAUAAGGGUGCAACUUCAUCGUCAUCAUCCUCUUCUUGGACAACUACCCCAUCGCCAUCUGCGGCAUUCCGUCAUGAUGCCGUUUAUUUAAAAAAAAGUGAAACCAUUUCGUUUCCGCGACAACAGCAACAACAACAGUCACCACCUCAUGUACCCACUAUACCAACACAGCAACCACAAGAACAAUCCAUGUCAACCUCCACAGCAUCGUCAUCAACACUGUAUAAACGACCCAGUACCGAUGAUCAUGAUGAAAUAGCAAUGAACAAAAUGGCAAGAAAACGAGCUGAUGGAACUGGAGGAGGCGGAGGCGGAGGCCCCACACGUUCCAGAAGCAGACCGCAAAAAGAGUUAUUGUCAGAAGCUGAGAAACGGGCCAACCACAUUGCUUCUGAACAAAAGCGGAGGACGACGAUUCGCACGGGCUUCAAGGAUUUGACGGAGAUUGUGCCAACGUUGAAAAACAUUAAUAACAGCAAAAGCACAGUACUCUUCAAAGCGGUGGAUUAUAUUCGGUACCUUGAAAAGCGAACCAGAUCACUUAAAGACAAAGUCGGUGCAUUGGAGAUGCGAGUACAGGUGGAAGGUCGAAAAGAAAUCAUUCUACAAGACCGUUCCACGUCGUCAUCAUCGUCUAUGGUCGUCGAUAGUGCUCCCGAUGCUACUACAACGAGUACGAGUAGUACUAGUGGUAGCGGCAGUAAUACCAAUAACAGCAGUAAUAGUCCGCUCAAUCAUCAUCAUCAUCAUCAGCAGCAGCAGCAGCAGCAACAACAACAACAUACCAACAGCAGCAAGAGUCAUAGCAAGGACGUAGCGGCAUGCGCACAAGAUGCUUUAGAAAAGCACAAGGAGCAUUUGAAGAGUCUGAUGCAAUUUCAAGAACAACUGCAUUUUCAGCAGAAAUUGAUGGCGCAGCAUGAAUUUGGUGGCUCACCUCCUCGACCCACCUCCAGAGCCUUCCGGCCCGUGCACGAGGAGAGCGAUGCGCGCAUGAUGGGCUAUUCCAAUUCAACGACAAGUGCAGCAGCAGCAGCAGCAGCAGCACCUGCAUCUUCUCGAACCGAUACCACCACCACCACCACCACUGUUACUACUGCUACCACUUCAGCAACUUCAAAGGCCACGGUCUCUGCAUGA